AUGGCCGUGUCCGCCAGGAACCUGCGGGUCAGCGACAUCCAGGACCCCGGCUCCCUCUUCGAGCGCUACGGCACCGAGGAGAUCCGGCAGGUGGAGCGGAGGGUCCGCGCUGAGAUCGAGCAGAAGAAGGAGGAGCUGCGCCAGAUGGUGGGCGAGAGGUACCGCGACCUGAUCGAGGCAGCCGACACCAUCGCCGACAUGAGGCUGUGCUCCGAGAAGGUGGUCACCUCGGUGCGGGACAUGUACGAGUACUGCACCCGCAUCAAACCGUCCGCCACCGGCAGAGCCGCACCUCUUACUGCCAAGCGCAGCCAGGCUCAGCAACAAUCCCAGGAGAAAUUCUACAGUAUGGCAGCACAGAUCAAGCUCCUUCUGAAUAUGCCAGAGAAAAUUUGGAGUGCCUUAGAGUCAUCACAAUAUCUCCAUGCUACUCAAAUGUAUCUGCUGUGCUGUCACAUUCAUAGUAUCCUCCAGUUGGACUCCUCUGGUUCCUAUUACAGUCCUGUUCUGGCCCGCUUUCCCAUCCUUGUUCGACAAGUAGCAGCAGCAGGUCACUUCAGAGCGUCUAUUUUACAAGAGAGUAAAACGCUUCUGAAGGGCCGAGCAGUGUCAGACCAAGCUAUUGCAGAGGCUCUUUGUUCCAUAAUGCUCCUGGAAGAUAGUUCACCACGCCAAGCUCUCGCUGAUUUCCUUCUAGCUAGAAAAUCAGCGAUUCAGCAGUUACUUAAUCAACCCCACCAUGGUGCUGGUAUUAAGGCACAGGUAUGUUCACUUGUUGAACUGUUAGCCACCACAUUGUAUCAGGCUCAAGCUGUGUUUUAUACACCGACUGAAGGAAAAGUGCCAGAUACCACACUGACCAGCGGCCUUCUCUUUAACACGUUGGCAUCCAUCACAAAUGAGUCUUCAGACAGAGGAAUCACAGUGUUAAAAGAUGAGAUGAAAUCAGAGACCUGGUUCAAAUAUUUACCACCUUCUAUUGUGGAUUUUCAGCCGCUUCUUAGGACACUCGCUCAUCCAAUAAACCGUGAUUACCUGAGAGACACUCUUCAGCAAUGGAUCAACAUGUGUAAGGAUGACAUAAAGAUGGGAAUUGGAAACCUGUUGAUCUACGUGAAAAGUCUGAAGGGUCUUGCUGGAAUUAGAGAUGCAGUGUGGGAACUCCUAACUAGUGAAUCAAUAAGUCAGAACUGGGAAACUGUGUGCUGUCGACUACUGGAGAAACCUUUCUCCUUCUGGGAGGAUUUCCUUCAGCAGCUCUUCCUUGACAGAUUGCAGGCACUGACAAAAGAAGGCUUAGAAUCCAUCUCAAACAGUUCCAAACAGCUCUUAGUUUCGGCUCUACAGGAACUUCAGGUCAAGAACCCCAGCUCUACUCCCAACAAAUCUGUUGAGUUCGAGUAUAAUGUUGCUGCAUUUCUUUGGUCAGAGAACAGUAAUGAUCUUUUAUCAGACACUGCCUGGGUCAGCGUUACAAAUCGUAGCCAGUUUUUAAAGAGUGGACUCUCUAUGAAGGCCCAAGCUCUCACACUGUGUGUUCAAAGUUUCUGUUCUGCACUUGACUCCAAAUUAAAAGUUAAAUUGGAUGACUUAGUUAUGUACCUUCCACCAGAUUCUUCUGCAGCUAAGGACAGUUUAAAUGAUCACUCAUCUUCACAGCUACAGAGUUCAGCAUUUGAUAGGUACGCUGAUACAGCUAAGGUUGAAGAAAUGCUACAGACACAUUGCCUUUCUUGUGUACAAUACAUCCUGGACUGUGUGAAAGCAGAGCUUAAAAUGGCAGAAGAGAAAUUACAAAAUUGCACAUACUCGCCUAAUGAUUGCAGUCUCAACGCUGUCCUUUUCAUGGCACGGUUAUGCCAAUCUAUUGGAGAACUCUGCCCUCACUUAAAGCAGUGUAUUUUGGGUAAGUCGAGUAGUAAUGACCUGCUUGUACGUGAGCCCCGUCCUAUCAAGAAGCUGGGCAAAGGGAAGCUGCAAGAAAUGAAACCAGCCCAAGUUAAGUGGCAGGAAGUAAAGGAUCAGCUCUUGCAACAGAGCACGAGUGCUUAUAAGAUUUGGAAUGUUACUAUAUCAAAGGCUCUUGUUUACCGUUUUACUCAAACGUUGCACUCUCAUACAGCUGGAGCUAUUUUAUCUACAGCCACCAACUGGGAUGAAAUUGAAAUUCAAGAGGAAACAGAAGCUGGAAAUAGUGUUACGUCCAAAAUUCGUCUUCCUGUUCAGCCAUCUUGGUACGUCCAGUCACUGCUUUUUAACUUUUGUCAAGAAGUAAACCGGGUUGGUGGUCAUGCUCUUCCUAAGGUCACACUUCAGGAGUUGUUGAAGACUUGUUUGGAUGAGGUGCUUACUGGUUAUGAAACAUUAUGCUCUGUAAAACAAGAUAAGAUUGAUUCUGCGUUCCCUUUAACCCAGAAUAGAGCUCUGCAGCUACUUUUUGAUCUUAGAUACCUUGGUUCAAUUUUAACGGCCAGAAAUGAAGAGGUAAAAAGCAGCAGGAUCCAGCAGGACCCGAGGGUUCAGCAUGUGGCAGAUGCUUUGGAAAGUCAUAUUGAUCCAUUUGAUUUGGAUGUUUUUACUCCACACCUCAACAACAAUCUAAACAAACUUUCUCAAAGAACUUCAGUACUAUUUGGGUUAUUAACAGGCACAGAGAAACAAUACACCAGCAGAAGUGGACCUUUUAAUUCACAAGAACCUCAUAACAUCUUGCCGCUGGCUUCUAGUCAGAUCCGAUUUGGUUUGUUGCCACUUAGUAUGGCGAGUUCACGAAAGCCUAAAUCAUCUGUCCAGGGAAAUGAAGUUAAGAAUCAGAUGCUUCCCAUGUCGAUCACAGAAGAUGCAAGUCAGGGACCUGGCUCCUUAUUCCGGCAGCUGGCAGCUUUUCAAGAAGAUGAUUCUUCAUCAUCAUCAUCAUCAUCCUCCCUCUUUAAACUAGGGUGGCUUUCGAGUAUGACAAAGUGAUAAUGCCAGCAUUCAAAACAAAAAUGGUGGAUGCAAAGUGUGAUGCCAAUGCACAUUAAUAAAUACUGUUCAAAAAUA